AUGGCAUGCAUGAAGCUGGGAUCAAAAUCCGAAAUGUUUUACCUCUAUGGACAAAGUUGGCUCUGCUCAACUGGACUUCCAAGUGAUGUCAUUAUUGAAAUCGGUGACACAUCCUUCCAUCUCCACAAGUUUCCACUGAUAUCAAGAAGUAAAGUACUAGAAAGUUUGAUGAAAGAAUUAUCAAGGGAAAAUGACAAGUCUGUUUUGGAACUUCAUGACCUACCCGGAGGAGCCAAGGCAUUUUUGCUUGUUGCUAAGUUUUGUUAUGGUGUUAAAAUGAAUUUGACUCCUUUGAAUGUGGUUGGUCUCAGAUGUGCAGCUGACUACCUUCAAAUGACCGAGAACUAUGGAGAGGGAAAUCUGAUCUUACAAACUGAAAAUUUCCUUAAUCACAUAUUUGGUUUCUGGACAGACACUAUUAAGGCUCUUAAAACAUGUGAAGAGGUUUUACCUUUGGCUGAAGAGCUUCACAUAACUUCCCGGUGCAUACAUUCUUUGGUGUUGAAAGCUGCGGAUCCAAGUUUGGUUAACUUGCCUCUCUCUGGUCCAAGUGUUGCUCAGAGUCCAGAGGAUGCAGAACUGUGGAACGGAAUAAGCCUAACACCAAAGGCAUCAAGUGAAGAUUGGUGGUUUGAGGAUGUCUCUUCCCUUUGUUUGCCAUUGUAUAAAAGGUUCAUGCAGGGUGCUAGUGCAAGAAACAUGAAACCUAAGAGAGUUGCUGGAUCACUUGUUCACUAUGCAAAAAAGAACAUACCCUCAUUGGGUAGUCAAACAAGUUCUCAGAAUGGAAACUCAUCUGCUUUUAAGUCAACUCUUUCUACCCCUUCUGAAGCAGAUCAAAGGAAUCUGAUUGAGGAAAUAGUGGAGUUGCUACCAAAUGAAAAGGGUAUGACACCAACCAAGUUUUUGCUUGGGUGUCUGAGGACAGCGAUGGCUUUAUAUGCUAGUUCAUCUUGCUGUGCAAGCUUAGAGAAAAGAAUUGGUGCUCAAUUAGAUGAAGCAGAUCUAGAAGAUCUUUUGAUUCCAAAUAUUGGCUACUCAAUGGAGACUCUUCAUGAUAUUGACUGCGUCCAGAGAAUGCUUGAUCAUUUCAUGCUUUUAGAGCAUGAUGUUAUUGAUUCUACAUCUAAUGAUAUAGAGGAAGAGAGGAGCUUAGUUGGAGGUUCUCAACCUACGAACCCAAUGACAAAAGUGGCUAAUCUGAUAGAUUGUUAUUUGGCUGAAGUAGCACCUGAUGUAAACGUGAAGUUACCAAAAUUUCAGUCACUUGCUGCUGUAAUUCCUGAUCAUGCCAGGACCCUCGAUGAUGGUAUAUACCGUGCAAUUGAUAUAUAUCUCAAGUCUCAUCCAUGGAUGACCGACUCUGAGAAGGAACAAAUAUGCAGGCUGAUGAACUGCCAGAAGCUAUCAUUGGAAGCCAGCACACAUGCAGCCCAAAAUGAGAGGUUACCACUUCGUACUAUAGUCCAAGUCUUGUUCUUUGAACAACUGAAGCUUCGUACAUCUGUUGCUGGUUGGUUCUUUGCUUCUGAUAAUGUUGACAACUCACAAAACCUGAAUGCAAAUCUUGCUUUGAUAACACAUGAUGGCAACACACCACAUAACCCCGUUUUAGCUUUUGACAACAUGAAAGAGAAAGUGGCUGAACUUGAGAAGGAGUGCUUGAGCAUGAAACAAGAUUUGGAGAAAAUGAUGAAGUCAAAGGGAAGUUGGAACAUGAUUCUUAAGAAAUUGAGUUGCAAACUAGUUCCUAAGCCCUCUAAUUCCAAAGUCUCAAAACCAUGCAAAAAGUCCAAAAUUUCACCAGCAUCCACAACCCAGAUGGAAGAAAAUGCCAUGCAAGUGAACUGA